GAUGCGUACUGUUAUUUACAGUAACUGUUGAUAAGGAAUCGUAAAAAACUUUCUGGUGCCCAAAAUCGGGCAUUGGCUUCCAAAAGGGCAAAAGACUGUGAAAAAAAUAAACAAACGCUCCAAGAAUUAGGUUGGUUUUACAAAGCUACUAAUCAAAAUACUGAUUUGAAGUCGGCGGAAUUAAAUAAAUCAGAACAAACAAUGGAAUCAUCGUAUUAUGAUGAUGUUGAUCUACAUUCUCUUGGUUCAGUGGAAAAUGAAACAGACGAUAGUUUUAACGAUGAAUUAAAACCCGAAGAAAAUAAAGGCGUUGAAAAUGACCCAGCACUCUGGCCAUCGAUUCUUAAGCAAAGAGAAAAAGAAGAGUUAAUCAAAAAAGGUCCGUCAACUUUAUCUGAUGAUUUCCCACGAGAUGCUUCUAAUAACAGGGCCUUUCCAAAAAAAGUUCUUUUCAUUGCAUUGCCUAAUGGAGAAAAAGUUCAACGAGAUUAUCUGAUAUGGAGCCCAUCGUCUAACUCUCUACUUUGUUUCCCGUGUUCUUUAUUUGGGUGUGAAAAUUCCGGAUCCUAUGGGGAUCGAUCUCUUCUUCUUCGCUGAAAUGAAGGAAUAAAAAAUGACUGAAGAAAAUUGAGUGAUCGUAUUAAAAGUCAUCAUAGCAACCCAGUUCAUCAAAGUCAUUAUCUCAAUUGGAAGACUUUGCACUCAGCUCUUGUCGAUCAGCGUGGGAUCAACUCAGAGUUCCAAAAGGCACUAGAAAAGGAAGUAGCCAGAUGGCGUGAAAUACUUCGUAGUAUUUUAGAUGCAAUUUUAUUUUUAACAUCUCAAAACUUAUCCUUUAGAGGUAAAUAUUCUAGGCCAGAACUCUAAAUACUUAAGAAUGAGUUCUUAUUUUUAGUAUUACAGAAUUUCUUUUAUCUACAUUUAACUAACUUAGAAAACAUUAUUUUAAGGCAAUAUUCGUCGAUGGAGAAGAACGAGAAAGGGAACUUUUUAAGUUGCCUUGAACUUA